UCCUUUUAGAACUGCCCCUCCCAACUCCACCGCCCUCACAUUCUCCACCUAAAGAGAUGUUCUGUGACGUUUGCCCCACGUCACAGCCCCUCCCGGCGAACUUCACGGAGUAGAGCCGAUGUUUUUAGCACUCGGUCCUGCGGGUCAUCCCCUCUAGCGCAACCGCAAGAAAUAGGGGGCGGACUCUGAGCCGAGAUGGGUGACUGGAAGGGCUACAUCAGCGCGGUGCUACGGGACCAGCGCAUCGACGAUGUGGCCAUCGUGGGCCACUCGGACAACCGCUGUGUGUGGGCAUCACGACCCGGGGGUCUGCUGGCGGCCAUCUCCCCACAGGAGGUGGGUGUGCUCACCGGGCCAGACCGGCACACCUUUCUGCAGACGGGUCUGAGCGUGGCAGGCCGCCGCUGCUGCGUUAUCCGUGAUUUCCUGCUGGCUGAGGGCGACGGCGUACUGGAUGCACGCACCAAGGGGCUGGACGGGCGUGCAAUUUGCGUGGGCCACACUCCGCGGGCACUCCUGGUGCUGAUGGGCAGACGAGGCGUGCAUGGAGGCAUCCUUAACAAGACAGUGCACGACCUGAUUGGUGGGCUGCGGGAGCAGUGCUCCUAGCUGGACCGCCAGGCCACCCGUGGUGGUAGGAGGACCAGA